AGGAAGCAAAAUCCCUAUUCCCCCAUUUUCGACUUCACACCAUCAAAGUUUCUAGCUUUCUUGACAAUGUGGUAUACUUUCAGAGGCGACCUUCUUGCACGAGGGUUUGGGCAGAAGAUUGUUGUCUUCCUCAACAAGAACGCGGCCGUGCAGACUAUGCGAUUCGAGGCAUGAAGACAUGGCUGACGGAACUAGAAAUUGGGGGUGCGACGAUACCACUUUUCACCAUUGAAGAUGACGAAGGAGCUUGGCCAGAACCGUCUUGCAAACACUGCAGAAUUGCAGGUUCUUUUGUUUUAGGCUGCUGCUAUAUCCUAGCCUAUUAUGAUUUUCAUGUUUGGUUAUUUGUUGGGUUUGAACUUGCAGACUGCGAAAGCAUUCAUGUUUCAAAGAAACGGUUCCAUAUGUUAGUUCCAGUUGAGGAAGUGUGGAAUGAAUGCCUUAAUGAGAGUGUUUUGGAUAACCCACAAGGAAAUUCCUUGCUGUAUGUGGUGAUACACAUGAAUGCCUAUGCCCAUUUGCUUUGGAUUCAAAGAAGUUCUUCUGGUGUGAUGUCUGGCAGUAACCUCAUGGACAUAUGGGACUGUCUAUGUAAAAAUCUCGAAAUAAGGGAUGUUACAUUGGAGGAUGUUUCCAAGAAAGGGAAUGUUGAUCUUCGCUUGCUCUGUGGGGUGGCUUACGGAAGAUCCUGGUUCGGUAGGUGGGGAUACAAAUUUUGGAGAGGGAGUUAUGGAGUAGAUGAAGUGAAGUAUGAGAUUGCCCUAGCUUGUCUCCGUAACCUUGACAUUUCUCAGGUUGUUGAAGUGUUUCGCAAGGUGGAAGACCAAUAUGCUCUAGUUCAUCGUCUAGAAGGAGUACUUGAACGUUACCGACGUCUCAGUCAUUCCCCAUUCAAGACUUUAAGUGACUUGCUUGUGUUCAUUCUGACUUAUCCUGCCAAAUCAAGGAUGGCAAAAGAGGCAUGUACCAUUGCAAGCAUACCCCGCAAAGGUUGGACUAGGGAGCAAAUAAACGAGACGUUAAAGGUACUGAUCAAUAUACUGGAUAAGAGAGGCCCUGUAAGCGGGGAAGACCUCAUUGAGGCAGCUAGCUCCAAAGUAAGUCCAGGUGAGCUACUGGAAUAUGUGAUUUCAACAAUGAAGAAUCUGAAGUGUGGAAUGCACCAAAUUGUGGCUCGUAAGGAGAAUCCAAUCUCAAAUCUGACGGAGUAUAGUCUGGAGACUGUUCCUCUCCUGACAACUGAGGCCAUUGAUUAUUACGGUGAUGCAGUUUUUGUAUAUGAAACUGUUGUUCUACAAUACCCUGAAGUCGGCAGUGAAUAUUCAAUGGUGAAGUUGUGUGUAGACACCAUGUUAAAUUGUGCAUAUCUGUGAUUGCUGCCUUACAGAACAUAAGGAAAAGCAGCUUGUUGCGGAAGCAAAGGAGAAGAGCAAGGCAGAGCUAGACAUUAUUGGAGAAGAUGAAGUCAGGCAAAUCUAAGAUGAGAUAAAUGCAUGCAGCUGCCUUUUGAUUUUGCUUUACUUCUAUUUGCUGUGUUGGAAGUGGUAGUGUAGAUAACUCACCACAGAUAGAAAGUGUGGCUUUUAAGUGUAAUGGUACAGAAAACAGCAGCUUUACCUUAUUGCUUCACAUUUGUUUUGCUCAAGCUGUAAGUGAUAUUGUAGAGAAUUCAGAACAGUCGGACAUUUGUUCGUUUCGCUCAAAGCCUGUAAGUGAUAUUGUAGAGAACUCAGAACAAACGGAGUGUAGA